AUGCCGAGAGAACUACAGUUCACCGGAAUCCGGAACUUCCCGUCGACCCGCGAUACUUUGGUUGCCGAGCUCGAGAAAUUUUCUGAAGGAGAUACCAAUGGCAGAGUGGUCGUUAGCGUACAGUCAUUCUUGUUUCGCAUCAAAAAUGCCCUUGCCAUGUGGGCUAAGCUCCGAUGGAAGUUGAGGAACGAGGGCCGGUGUUUCGAAGACCGCUGCAUCAACCUGAUGGUGUUGGCAGAUGAGAUGGCUCAUUCCUUCCCGCACUGCCAGACCACUGUCAUCAAUGAGAGGGGGGUUAUAGAUAUCCAAGAUCUGGUGAUGCAGAAGCGCCCGGAUAUGCUUGCAAUGCAGCUCGGAAGUCUGACUUUGUGGGGUUGGAGCAACAUUGAUACCGCCGCUGUUGAGAAUGCUUGCAUGAUUGAGGAAGAGCAGCGCCGAUGGGAGCAGAAACUGGCCUCAAAAAAUGACGAGCGAAGCGAGUCUCUUCGACGCCUGUGGUCCCGACUUUACUAUAAGGAUGUUCACUGCGACUGCCACCAGUGUCUCAACUUGUAUCUUCCUUUUCGCGACCUAACCCCUUCCCCUCCACUCCCGCAAAUGGUGAACUACAGUGAUAGCGAUUCUCUGUCCAGCUUGUUCGAGGAGUAA